AUGUACAGCAAUAAUUUCAAUGCAAUUACAUGCGAGUCGUGUAAAGCAUUCUUCAGACGAAAUGCUUUAAGAAAUAAGGACUACCAGUGCACUUUUAACGGCAAGUGUAAUAUUGAUGUAUCGACACGAAAGUUAUGUCGAAAGUGUCGGCUCCAAAAGUGUUUUGACUACGGGAUGAGAAAAGAAUAUAUUCUGACUGAUGAACAAAAACGAUUGAGAAAACUAAGAAAACCAAUAAUUAAAUACAAAUCAACACUUGAUUCAGAUACCGGUGACACGUGGGAUGGGCCGGUAGUCUACCAAUGUGUUGAUAAUGGCUUAAAUAGGAGUUACGAUGACAUUAGUUGCAUAUCACAAGACUCUACCCAAAGUGUCAUAGCUAUAGACCGACCUCUCCCUGACAGUCGACCUCUUGUCGAUUGGGAGAGUAAUCAACUCCAAGAGAUACUCAAUGUCUUAAAUAUAUUGAAAAAUAGGUACAAAACUAACAUAACCUUUGAGGCAACUGAUCUGGAUAUGGCGUGUCAGGCGUUUUCAUACAACUGCGAGAGGGAUGCCUACAAAAUCAUCAAACUGUCCAACAGUUUGACGGCCUUUCAA